AUGCUACAGGAAAAGUGGCUUUCGAGCACUCACUUCAUUCUGCGCCAUGCGUUGGCAGUCCUUUUUGUAGCACCGAUUGCUUCAGAUGAUCUUCAAGAAUGCCUUUUUGCUCGCCGUGGCAAGACGGAUCAUGUCUCGGUACGAGUUCUCAGAGUCGCAGUAGGCAGCAGCAAAGGCUGCUAUGCUCUGGUCGACAGCUACAACAGCUCCGAAGCACUUUUACCCAGGUUCCUGUAG